CUUUCUUCCCUUGACCACUUCGAUCUCCCCCCAGAGACCGUCCUGCUCACCGCUAUCCUCUUGCUCUCGCACUGCUUUCGUCUUACGACCACCACAUCACUACUCCGUCAUGAGAAUCUCGCACAGCUCGUCGCUCUUCCUCGCGACUCUCGCGAUCUCGUCCUCGUCGUCGACUCUCGCCGCGCCGACCGAGCCUGGUUCCCUUGACACCACCGGUCUUCCCUCUUCGUCCAGCAUGCGCUCCUUGGCGAUGAUCGGCAGAGGCGAAGGUGUCAGCGUGAACAUGGCAGAGAACAGUCACGGGCAGAUGAGCACGAGUUUGCAUAUGACCAGAGCAGACCGCAGAGACCUUCUGGGCCUUGGCGCUCUCUUGGACGGUCUUGGGGGCCUGCCGGUAGUAGGACCGCUGUUGGCGCCUAUUAUCAAAGCACUGGAGCCUAUACUAGGGCCUCUACUGGGCAAGGGCGGCGCUGCUGUUGAAGAGGCUGCAAGUCUCACCCAAGACCAAGUGACGCAGAUAGCGGCACUGUUCGCGCACGCGGCCAACACGCUACACGGCGCCGCGGGCACCGCUGUCAAUGGCGUUGUCGGCGAUGUCUCGGGUGCCGUGUCCCCAGCUGUACGCAAGAGGUACAUGCAGGCUUCGACCGGAUCCUCCAGCGCGUCCUUCAUGUCUUCAUCUUUCGCGUCUCCGGCACCGUCAACCACGGAGUCGGCGUCUAGCAUCGAGGCAAUGGCCUUCCCUACUCCUCCCGCGUCGCUGCCCGUCCAGCCCCUGCCUCUCGUCAAGAACGCUACUCUUCCGAUCACUCCGCCGCAAGUUCCAGUCAGUGCGCCUAAAGUUCCGGUGGGCGCUCCGCAGCUUCCAGUGGGCGCUCCGCAACUUCCAGUGGUCCCUCCCAACUCUCCUGCGCUGCCCGUCUCCAACCCGGCUGCACCUAUCGCUAGGGAUGCUCCCCCGUUGUUCCCCGCGUACAAAGCUGCAGACCUCUCGUCAUCCUCCUCAGCGUAUGCGUCGCCAACUUCCGCCUCGUUCGUCACGGCCUCAGGCGACAGUACCGGUAUGCCGACCAUGACCGCCUCUCAGUCUUCGGCUUCUGCCUCCUCCACUUCGGCUUGAUCAGACGGACGAACCCUUCUGUUCCCCACUUUCACAUCAUUAUACCACCAUCAUUAC